AUGAUAUCCAGAAGUAUACGAAUUCUAAGCUCGCGCCACAUUUCCGGCCCAAGCUCCGCAAACGCCUACACGAACCGGACGCAUACUUGUGGAGAGCUGAGGGAGGAGCAUAUUGGCCAGCAUGUCUCCGUUUCCGGUUGGGUGGGAUUCCGACGGAUGAACCAGUUUUUGGUUGUCCGGGACGCAUACGGCAGCGUACAAGCCUUUCUGCCAAAGUCCAAAACGGAACUGCGUGAGCUCGUGAAAGAUUUGCCCUACGAAUCGGUGGUCCGCUUGAAAGGAACAGUCCGAUCACGCGGAAAAGAUGCCAAUAAAAAUAUGGAAACUGGCGGUGUUGAGAUAGAAGUAGACACGCUAGAACUUUUGAAUAAAGCCCCCAAGAAGCUGCCGCUCGAUUUGGAGAAUGCUAAUGCGGAAGAGACGAGACUGAAAUAUCGGUAUCUAGACUUGAGAAGAGCGGAAAUGCAACGAAUGCUCCGGCUGCGCAGCAAUUUGCUUCACCGGAUGCGGCGGUUUCUUGUAGAGCAACGCCAAUUUGUGGAUGUCGAGACCCCGAUUCUGUUUCGGAGGACCCCAGGCGGAGCGGCAGAGUUUCAGGUCCCAGCAUCUAAGCCAAAUCAGGGUCGCUGCUACUCGCUACCCCAAAGCCCUCAACAAUUCAAGCAGCUAUUGAUGGUCGGCGGCCUGGAUCGCUAUUUUCAAAUAGCGCGCUGUUUUCGUGAUGAGGGCGCGAAGAUUGAUCGGCAGCCGGAGUUUACUCAGGUCGAUCUCGAAUUGUCGUUCACCGACCAGGAAGGCGUCAUCUCGCUCGUGGAAGAUUUGCUCAUAGCUUCUUGGCCGGAAGAACUGGCCCAAUUCCGCCCGGCUAAGCCAAUCCAACGGCUACGCUACGCUGACUGUAUGGCUCUCUACGGGGUCGACAAGCCGGAUCUAAGGAUACCCUGGAAAAUUGAGGAUUGCCCGGAGCUACUGGAAACCCUGAAGCCUGAAAAUGUUGGCGAAGAUUUUGCCGUCAGCUGCUUCAUCAUACCCGACCCGAUCUCGUUCACCAAUCGACAGAAAGCAGAGUGGAAGCGGCUGCUCGAAAUGAACCCGGAAUCAGCGCCCUUCCGCUUUUUCCACGGCGAAAAGUCUAUGUGGUUGGCGCAACUGGAAAAGAAGGAAAAAUCGAAAGCGGGUCAAUUGGGGAUUGUCAGUUGGGGUCCAAAGAGCCGCGUCCAGUAUACCCUUGGUCAGCUCCGCAACCACGUCGGCCAAGCGAUGGGGCUGCGCGGCGCGGGGAAAAUGGAAUUUUUGUGGGUGGUCGACUUCCCGCUCUUCGUUGAGGAGGAGGGACGGUUGGUCUCGGCGCAUCACCCCUUUACGGCUCCAUUUGAUGAAGACAUGCCGCUGCUUCAACAGCCCGGGAAGACGCGUGAAAUUCGAGGCCAGCACUACGAUUUGGUGAUGAACGGCGUCGAAUUGGGCGGCGGCUCGAUUCGGAUUCACGACGGCCACGUGCAGGAGUACGUCUUGCGCGAGGUGCUCAACGAGGACCCCACCGAAUUGGCGCAUCUGAUAGAGGCGCUGAAGCUGGGCGCUCCGCCUCACGGGGGUUUUGCCCUCGGCCUCGACCGCUACGUGGCGCUUUUGCAUGGGAAGGGCGACACGAGCGUUUCUGUUAGAGAGACAAUCGCCUUCCCGAAAUCACACACCGGGCGCGAUGUGAUGGCCGACGCGCCGGCCGUCCCAACCGCGAGCCAAUUGGAACGGUAUGCUUUCGCCUUUACGAAUACCGAAGAAGCGGAACCCGCGACGAAAGAGGCGGUCGCA